AUGCUCGAGACCGGGUUCUGGUCGGUGUGUGAACGCUCAAUCCGUGCCGCUCUGCUCAAACAUCCCUCCAACAAAUCAGACUCCGAAACCAAACCGAAUGUAGAUUUGGAGGCUGUCGGCUUGGAGAACGUCCGCUUCCAAGGAAUGAGGACGGCCUACUUCACCCUCGAUAAAUCCUCCUCCUUGGAUCCCCUUGUCUCUCAACAUUCACUCCCUGAAUCGCAGGAUCAUUCUCCUCCCUUGUUUGAUCAUCACUCGCUGCAGAAUCAGUUGGUCCUCAAUUGGAUCGUCUCAUUGAAAGAAGACUCCGGUAAAAAGAUUGGCUGAAUUUGCCCACAGUCCCCCCCUUUUUUUUUCUAUUUCUUUUAAACACAUUGAUGAUAGUUUUUUUACUCGUUUAAGUCAUUGGUAAUUAGACUCUUCUGUUGUUUACAUUUUUGGCAGUCUUGUUGCUUGAUUUACAAUCAGUCCACCUUUUGUUUUUCUUUCUUCUUUCUCAUGCUGAAAAGAGAAUCAAUCUUCAGUCAAUUGGGACUCCUUUCAGUGGGAAGACAAGACUGUCUCUGAUGGGGCCUGUGUCAUCAACAGAAACCAAACCCUU